ACCGGCAACGCGGUUGUCGUUGCGCGCGUUGUUGCGAAUCAUCCCCCUUCGAGGACGAUAUUCCCAUCAUGAUGCUUCCCGGUUUCGACUAGCAAGAGCGAAAGAGAGAGACAAAGAGAGAGUGAGCAACAAGAGCUCCUCUUUUCCUCCCUUUCCUCCCCCCCGCCAUCGCGAUAAGCCAAGCAGCGUCGUCGUCGACGUCAGCAACGACGUUGCUCCUCCUGGACGCGACCAGCUGAAGUAUCAACCACGAGCCGCUUGAAUUAUUCAAUUUCCAUGUCCAAGAUGAGCUUGCGCAGAAUCUUGCUGUGGAUAUGGUAUUUCCUGAUCACGAGCGAGUGUUAUAGCACGAAGAAUAGAGGUGAAGACGGCUCGAAGUUGAUACGCAUCAGUGGUGACAUCAUCCUCGGCGGAAUUUUUCCAAUGCAUGAGCAGAUCUCAAGUUCCAUCGGCGCAUCACCAUGCGGGGCCGUAAAAGAAGAGAAGGGUAUGCAACGAUUGGAAGCUAUGUUGUAUGUUCUGGAUCAGAUUAACGCUGAUACAGAACUCUUGCCAAACACAACAUUGGGUGCUCUCAUCCUCGAUUCCUGUAGCAGCGAUACAUAUGCUCUCGAUCAAAGCAUGGAGUUCGUCAGAUCGUACAUGAAUCAGGAUAUAACGGAGUACAAAUGUGAAAACGGUAAAAUGCCAACUUACGUUCCUCAUAAGCCGGUAUCAGGCGUAAUAGGCGCCGCUUUCAGCGUGGUCUCCAUUAUGGUCGCCAAUAUCUUACGGCUUUUUAAGAUACCGCAAAUAAGUUACGCAUCCACCAGCACAGAACUCUCGGAUAAAAGCCGAUUCGAAUAUUUUAGCAGAGUGGUACCACCCGACAAUUUUCAAGCACAGGCAAUCGUCGAGGUGAUCCAUCUGCUCGGAUGGAAAUAUGUUUCUACGGUUGCAGUGGAAGGCGAGUACGGCGAGAAGGGCAUCGCCAGUUUCAUUGCCCUUGCGGGUGAAUACAACAUCUGCGUCGCAGUCAGCGAGAAGAUCCUGAGAAAUGCCAAGACCGAGGACUUCGAUAGAAUAAUCGAACGACUGAGCUCGAAACACAAUGCCAGGGGGGUCAUAAUAUUCGUCGACGAGGAUAACAUAAGGAAGCUGCUUCAGGCAACGGUAAGGGCCAAUCGCACGGGACAUUUCAUGUGGGUGGGUAGCGAUUCGUGGGGCGCUAAAGUUCAUCCAGUCCGAGAUCAAGAGUUCGCGGCGGAAGGUGCCAUCACCAUCCUGCCCUAUAGAAACGCCCUCGAAGGUUUCGACAACUACUAUUUGAACUUGCGGCCAAGAAUGGACGACGAGUGUGACGGGCAGACAGAGAACAAUGUUCCCCAUAAAUCGUUGCCGGGAAAGAUGGUAAAUUGUCGGAAUAUCUGGUUCCGGGAGUUCUGGUCGCAACAUCAUAAAUGCACUUUCAGCGCGAAUGCAUCGAGCGAUGUGACACGCUGCACUGGCGACGAGGUCCUCAUCGAUUACGAACAGGAGGGUCUGGUGCCUUUUGUCGUGGAUGCGGUUUACGCCAUGGCACACGGUGUACAUAAUGUCAUCGAGGAAGAGUGUGUAAAUAAUCUGGGCACGUUGCAUUAUCUUUGUGAGUCUCUUUCACCAGCACCGGACGGCCCGCGACUUCUCCAGCAUAUUCGCAAUGUCAGUUUCAUUGGUCGCCAAAAUACGGAGAUUAAGUUCAACGCCGACGGGGACGCUUACGGAUUUUACAACAUCUAUCAGUAUCAAAGAAAGGAAGAGGGUCGCUUCGAUUACAUCCUCAUCGGUGUAUGGAAGGAAGAGCUCUCUCUGGACAUUAAUAUGACACGAUGGGCGACCGGAGUCGGCGAGUUUCACAUUCCACGUAGCAUGUGCAGCGAUAACUGCCCGAUGGGACACAUCCGCAAUUUUGUAGAACCCUGCUGUUGGAGUUGUGUUGCCUGUCGGGAGGAUGCCUACGUGUACAACGACACAUGCAAGAAAUGUUAUCCCGGGUAUGCGCCGAAUGCUACAAUGACGGGCUGCGUGAAGCUCACCGCAGAGGUCAUACCUUGGACAAGUCCUUGGGCGCUGGUACCGCUGAUAUUCGCGUCAAUCGGCAUUCUCAGCACCCUCUUCACCACUGUCGUCUUCAUACGAUUUAAUCGUACUCCGGUGAUUAUGGCAUCGGGACGCGAACUAUGUUAUGUACUUCUGGUGGGCAUUCUCUCGUGCUACGGCAUGAGCUUCGUUAUACUGAGCAAGCCGACUACGUGGAAUUGCACAUAUCUCCGAAUUGGCCUCGGUCUCUGUCUCAGUAUAUGUUACAGCGCGAUCCUCACCAAAACCAACCGUAUAUCGCGGAUAUUCAACCAGAGCACGAAGAAGAUCAAGAGGCUCUCCUACACAUCGCCCAGAAGCCAAGUGGUAAUCGCUAUCGGGAUUACCGCAGUCCAACUCAUCGGCACUAUCGUAUGGCUGAUGAUCGAACCGCCUGAUACCACAGAGAUUCAUCCGUAUCCGCUGUCUGCGGUACUGACGUGCCGCGUGUCCACGUUCUCGCUGAUGAUGUCCCUCGUCUAUAACAUGUUCCUAAUCUUGAUGUGUACCUUGUACGCGUUCAAGACGCGCAAAAUCCCGGAGGACUUCAAUGAGGCCAAAUACAUUGGCUUCACUAUGUAUUCGACGUGCAUCGUCUGGCUAGCCUUCGUGCCCAUCUAUUUCGGCACCAAUAACGAUUACAAGUCGAGUGGACGGCCUACCUUGCAGGUACAGAUUGCGAGUAUGUGCAUGUGUAUCAAUAUCUCCGCCUCGGUCGCCCUCGGCUGCCUCUUCACCCCCAAGGUCUAUUUGGUGCUGUUCCAGCCCUAUAAGAACGUUCGCCCCGCACAUCCUAACACGGGCGGCUUGCAGAGCGGUAAUCGCGGGGCGUACAGCAUGCGUUUCGCCGGUGGUCGCAGCCAGACGAUGCAGAGCGUGACCUCGGGCUCGCGUAGCAGCCCCCCGCUCACCCGCGGGGGACCAAGAUGUGCGGAUGAGCAGAAGCACGUGAACGAGCAUCGGGCGAGGGUGCGCGAGACCGAGGCGGAGGUGUAUGUCAACGACGACGAUGACGGCGGUGGCGGCGGUGGCAGAGGCGGCGGCGACGGCAGAAGCGGCAAAGGAAGCGGCACCGGCGCCGGUGACAGCAGCGACGACGAUGACGAAGAGGAGCGCAAACUGUCAACCGUUCAGGAACUGUCUGAACUCAACGCGGACACCGCCAGUCCGCCGAUAAGUCUGGCGAUGUGCCAAGCGUGCGAGAGGAGUCAGGGCGAGCCGCGCCGCGACUCCGAUCAGCCGAGCGAUCGCGAUGAAGUCGCGAUCAGCAGCAUCUCCGAGAGAAUAGAAGCGCGCGCGAGGAAAGAGGAAUUGUGCCUGAACGAGGAGCAGAUUCUAAGCUACACCGACUCACCGACCUUCUCCGAGUUCUCUUCGUAGUAUUCGAACAGUCACCUCGAUUCGUGACGGAUUCCCUUCACUACCCUUCACAGGCCGACCAACACGAAGGGCCUCGUCUCUUUCGCCGUAUACUCGACAGCAUUUUAUAAGCGCCAGACGUUUUGUACAUUCCCAUGAAAUGUGAGUGAUUUGACAACCCUUGCUCAACUCUUUGCACUCGCGUAUCUGUUAUAUAGUUAUAUAAUGCAAUUAUUUAUUUAAAUUUGACAUAUACUCUGUUCUUUAAUUAAAUAUUAUUUUUUAAUUGGAAAACGAUAAAUAUCAAA